AUGAAGCGCAAGGCGCCCGACGCCAGGGAGGAGGCUUGCGUGCUGUGUCGCCGGGCCGAUUCCGACCCGGACGUCUACGGGCCGAAGAGGCAGAGGGACGGUCUCUGUGCCCACGAGAAUUGCCUGUAUCUCGCCAGUGGGCUCCCCAUGAGAUACCCCAAUGACAUGGCAGCCGCCGAGUUCCUUCCUGCAGAUAUCAGGCGGACGGUGAAGCGGGCGAGUCGGAAGCUCUGCUAUGUCUGCGGCGAGCGAGGGGCCACGGUGACAUGCCGGCAGAAGGGCUGCAAGCGCACCUUCCAUUUCCCCUGUGGCCGUGAAGAUGGCUGUAUCUCGCAGUUCUCUGGGCAGUACCGGUCCUUCUGCCGGGAACAUCGCCCAGAGCAAACAGUGCAGGCACAGCAGGAUGGGGAAACCUGCUGUCUCAUUUGUCUGGAGCCUGUGGAGGGGAAGCUGUCUUACCACACAAUGGUGUGCCCUGCGUGUUUGCAUGCGUGGUUCCAUCGGGAUUGCAUCCAGAAACAGGCUCUGCGCGCUGGAUUGUUCUCCUUCCGGUGCCCACAGUGCAAAGACAGUGAGACAUUCCAGCCGGAAAUGUCUUCCAUGGGGAUCCGAGUCCCCAUCAGACAACCCGCGUGGGAGGCAGAUGGUGCCUUUGCAGAACUGUAUCAGAGGCACGACCGCUGUGAUGCUGGCCGGUGCCUUUGUGCAGGAGGCAGAGAACAGGCAGAAGACGCAGGGCCCUGGUACCUGCUCCUCUGCUCCUCCUGCGCUGCCAGGGGCACCCACCGCCGCUGCUCUGCCUUGAGGGCCACCGCUGCCACGUGGGAAUGUGAUGACUGUGCGGGCCUGGGCACUGCCUCCAGUGCACAGCCGCAGACAGCCAGCUCCAGCAGCACCAGCCAGCCAGCAUCGUCCCCCAGCUCAGCGGCUCCUGAAAGUAGCAGCCAGGCAGGCCAGAGUGGGCCAGAGCGAAGGCCAGGCCGCUUGCGGUUACAGCGCCGCUCACAACAUCCUUACAGCCGGCCCUGA